CACAAAGACGGGCAGACGGCCGAAGGCAACAGUGGACGGAACGUCGUUGGCUCGAGUGCACGCGAGCCUGAGAAAGAGUGGGGGCGAACGAGGGGAGCCGAGUGGUAGUUUAGAGUGUAUUAACACAUUGCGGACGGAUGACGAGAUAUCUCGUCUUUCCUAUUUCGUCGUUAGGGGCCGGUGACGAGAUAUCUCGUCUUUCAUAUUGCGUCGUUAGAGGCCGUUGGCGAAAUAUCGCACAGUUGCUACGUGAUAGUCAAGGGCAGUUUUUGUAAUGACAGAGAAAGAGUGAAGGAGGGAAAGAAAGGGCAAGAGGCAUGCGCGAUCCGUGGUAGUGGUGCACAGUGCGCGCGCGGUGCAGUCUCGUCGACGGCGCGAGAGAGAAAGAGAGACGGGAUAGGGAACACGUCGUGGCGUGUGGGCUCGGCUCGGCUCAGCUCGGCUUGUCUCGACUCGGCUCGCGAUUCCUUCCCGCAUCCGUUAUGACGGUACAGUGAUCCAGCGCUAGGCGCUGCGCGUCCGGGCAUCGUCUCCCUUCUCGGCCAGGAGAGAGAGGGAGGAAGAGAGAGAGGGAGAACACGACGACGCGCUAUCUCGCGCAACUCGGCGCACCCUUCUCGCGUUCGCGUGGAAAAAGCCCGUAGAGGUGACGAUGGAGGCGCGACGCAGCUCGCGAGUCUGACCGCUAGACGGCCGCGCUUCUCCGGCAUACUCUCGAGGAUCUCCCUCGGCUCGGCGCUGGACGACUCUCUCAAUAGGUGUGUUCGCGCGCGGCCAUGUGCCGCGCCGUCACCGCGCCCGCUCCGCGUGUGUCUCCUCCCUGCGGAUCGUCGUCGCGCGUCGCAUCGCCGCGGUCGCUCAAGUGUUUUGUCGUGUAGUAGUAGUCGGCGAACGCGUAGUCGAUCGGUCGGUCGGUUUCGCGGCUCAGUGGAUGCCUCGCCGGCGCGUCUCGUAGUCGACGUCCGCGUCGUCGUCGGUGUGUUGGUGCGUGCGACGAGUGAACAACGAGAAGGAGCCGCGCGACUUUUUUCCCUUUUCUCCGCCCUUGUAUUUUUGUCCGGCUCGUAGCUAGCGAGUCGUAGAAGAUAGCGCGAGGGAAGGAGGAGGAUAGAGAGCGAACGAACGGCCGAGCGAGAGAGAGAAAGAGAGGGAGAGAGAGAGAGCGACAGGGAAGAGGAGGUGGCAGUCGAGGGAAAAGAGAGCAAGAGCGAGCGAACGAGCGAGGGUCGCUAGUCGGCGGACUCGGUCGUCGGAGUUCGGUGUCGGUACUCCGCGAGCUUUCCAGCGGACGCGAGAGAGAGAGAGAGGAGCGAGCGAGACUGCCGGAGAGAGAAAGAGAGAGUGACAGAAAGAGAGACAACGCGAGAGGGAGCGCGAGUGGCGUAUCAAGAUGGCGCAUAAUUUGGCACCGAGCGUCAACUGCUCGCUCGACGACAUUGACCUGAACGCUCUGAAGGAACCGGCUGGAAUCUUCGAGCUGAUAGAAGUGGUCGGCAAUGGAACAUACGGCCAAGUUUACAAGGGUCGGCACACCAAGACCGGUCAGCUGGCGGCCAUCAAGGUCAUGGACGUCACGGAGGACGAGGAGGAAGAGAUAAAGUUGGAAAUAAACGUACUCAAGCGGUACUCGAAUCAUAGAAAUAUAGCUACGUAUUACGGUGCCUUCGUGAAGAAGUCAUCACCCGGCAAAGACGAUCAAUUAUGGCUGGUUAUGGAGUACUGCGGAGCUGGCUCCGUUACGGACCUCGUCAAGUCCACCAAGGGCCAGAGCUUGAAAGAGGAGUGGAUAGCCUAUAUCUCGCGAGAAAUACUGAGGGGGCUUAGUUAUCUUCAUAGCAAUAAAGUUAUCCACAGGGACAUUAAGGGACAGAACGUCCUGCUGACUGACAACGCGGAAGUCAAACUCGUCGAUUUCGGCGUCAGCGCACAAUUGGAUAGAACGAUAGGUAGAAGAAACACGUUCAUCGGCACACCGUACUGGAUGGCUCCGGAAGUUAUCGCUUGCGACGAGAAUCCAGACGCUACUUACGACAAUAGGAGCGACCUCUGGUCGCUCGGGAUUACCGCUUUGGAAAUGGCUGAAUCACAACCUCCGCUCUGCGAUCUUCAUCCCAUGAGAGCUUUGUUCCUGAUCCCGCGUAACCCACCGCCGAGACUCAAGUCGAAAAAGUGGGCGAAAAAGUUUCACGGAUUCAUCGAGACGGUGCUGGUGAAGGAUUACCAUCAGAGGCCGUACACGGAACAGCUCCUCAAACAUCCGUUCAUACGGGACCAGCCUACGGAGAGGCAAGUUAGAAUACAGCUCAAGGACCACAUCGAUCGCUGCAAAAAGCGCAAACAGGAGAAAGAAAGGGACGACUACCGAUACAGCGGUAGUGAAAACGAAGAGGACGAGCCGGCGUUGGCGGGCGAGCCGUCGUCCAUCGUUCAGGCGCCCGGCGGUGAUACGUUGCGCCGCAACUUCCAGCAGAUUCAGGAGGGCAGGACUCUGACGCAGGACGUGCCUCCUCAGGCGCCCGCUGCUAAAGAGAAGCCGGGCAACAGGUCUCAGAGAGAGGUGCCGGAACCCGGGCCACCUGCCAGGCCGGCUAUACCGCACAGACUCAUAGUGGUGCCAGAUCCUCAACCACCGUCUCGUCCGUUACCCCCGACACCCCGAGACGAUCCCCGGCAACCGCACAAAGUAUCCACGCCGCCUUCCAAUCAUCAGACACCUGCCGGAGGAGGAGGGGGAGGAGGAGGGGGAGGUAGCGGAGGAUCCGGUGGACAACCGGCACCUCAGAGGAAUAGUCACGUCUUCAAGCCUAUGCUGCCACCGAGAAGGCCCGAGGACUUGGACAUGCUGGCUGCUCAACUCAACGAGCUUGGUGUGUCACAGGGCCCCGAGGCCCCGCCGAGGCCAAACAGGCAGCAUAAGGGCCCUGCAGCCUCGUCUACUUCGAAUUCGGUGCAGCCCGCAGGUGGUAACGAUCAGAACAACAAACAGAUGCCGCAAUCCUCCAGUAUUCUCGAUCAAGCCCUAUCGAUCGAUAGUGACAGCGACGACGAUCUGGAGGAUGCUGGAGGUAACAAUCUGAGAAACGACGGUACCCUGUUGGCAAGCGACCCACCGAAGCCGCUUCCCGAAUUUUCUCCUUUCAGACCGUCAUCGGAUUCGUCAUCGUCGUCUUCGCACAAUGCUCAAAACUCCCAUCACGAAGACAAGCCGAAAGGAGGAGCACCGAAUCGCCCGCUCCCACCAACCCCCGAUGAGGAAGAAUCGGGAGAUCGUACGCUAGUCAUGAAACGAAAACUUAGUCAGAUGUCAGACGAUCGUGCCACGGCUAGCGGCAACCGGCGUUCAGAGAUAGACGAGCAGCUGCUCCUGAAAGAGUGGGAUAUCUUCCACUUCUUUCAGGGUUUUAACGAAAAGCUGGACAAAAUAAAGCAGGAGCGUCCGCAAGAGGAGGUCGGCGGUGGCGCUAGCAAGCCCGGCAACGAGGAUCGCUCCUCUUCGUCUAGCGAAAGAACGUUGAAGCGACAGGAGCAGUUAGCCCGACGGAAACACGAGCAACAGCAACAGCAGCAACACCAUCAAAAGCAACCGCAACAGCAGCAAUUGAAGCCGAUUCACAGGCGGCAAGAGAGCGACUCGAAAUUGGGCAAUGCCUCGAGCGCGUUCGCGCGCGCCUUCCGCCGCGAGAAUUCCGACUUUUUCCCGUCCGCGCGACACUCGGCUUACCUGCACAAGUCCUCGGACUCGUCGAGGUCCAGUAUAUUCGCCAGCGGCAAUCGGCGCGGCAGCGAGAUUAGCGUCGCCGGUAUUGCCGGUAAGAAGGGCGCCGCCCUGAGCUCGGGCGAGCCGGUGCUGACGGACUUCUCGUUGAGCCGGGACGGCCCGCAGAGGCCGAGGCGAGAGAAGACCGAGAGCGAGAUCGUCUUCGGUAGUAGGCACGAGGCGAGGAGGUACGCGGAUUUCGGACGCGAUAAAGACGAGAUCGCAAGAAGACGCAGUUGUAGACCGUCGGACGCCAGUACGGCCUCCGCCGUCGUCGUGCUCGACGAUGCGGGAACGAUUAAGUCGACGGCCAGUACGACGGCCAGCGAGUACAGCCCCAUUGUCACCCAGAAUCGCGAGGGUGGUGAUCGUUCAAGAAGCGGAGGCGGCGGUGAUUUCCAAAGAUCCGACUCGUCACCAGGCUCGCGACCCAGUUCGGUCUUACCGGAUCUCCUGACUUCUUCGCCGGGUCAACGACAGGACAAGUCAACCAGUGAGGAGUAUCGCCAAGCGGUUAAGUCACCUCCCCCGUUUGCGCUCCAACAGAAGCAGAGGUCCUUCCUCACGUUCGGAUUUGGAGCCGGACCGGCGAGGAGAGAGUCCCACGUGAACGUCAACGUGACCCCCACCAGUCACGACUUAGCGUCGGAUACGCCCGAGAUACGCAAGUACAAGAAGCGCUUCAACAGCGAGAUCCUAUGUGCCGCGUUAUGGGGAGUCAACCUGUUAAUCGGCACCGAGAACGGUUUGAUGCUGUUGGACAGGAGCGGACAGGGCAAGGUUUACCAGUUGAUCAGCAGAAGACGUUUCCAACAGAUGGAGGUGCUCGAGGGUCAGAACAUUCUGGUGACGAUCAGCGGCAAGAAGAACCGGGUGCGCGUCUAUUAUCUUUCCUGGCUGAAGAGCAAGAUCCUGCGCACGGACGGUCACAGUGACCAAGUCGAACGGCGCAACGGCUGGAUUAACGUGGGCGAUCUGCAGGGCGCUGUGCAUUUUAAGAUAGUGAAAUACGAGAGGAUAAAGUUCCUCGUGAUCGCGCUGAAGGAUUCCAUCGAGAUUUACGCGUGGGCGCCGAAGCCGUAUCACAAAUUCAUGGCUUUCAAGUCCUUCGGCGAGCUCGCGCACAGACCGCUCCUGGUCGAUCUCACAGUCGAGGAGGGCACGAGGCUGAAGGUGAUCUACGGUAGCGCAGAUGGCUUUCAUGCGGUCGACUUGGACUCGGCAACGGUUUACGACAUAUAUCUACCGAAGCAUACUCAAGGCCCCAUUUGCCCGCACUGUAUAGUGGCGCUACCAAACAGCAACGGUAUGCAGUUGCUGCUCUGUUACGACAACGAGGGUGUCUACGUGAAUACAUACGGCAGGGUCUCGAAGACGAUGGUCCUUCAAUGGGGCGAAAUGCCCACGAGCGUCGCAUAUAUCGGUACAGGACAGAUCAUGGGCUGGGGUAACAAGGCGAUCGAGAUCAGAAGCGUGGAGAGCGGCCACCUCGACGGUGUCUUCAUGCACAAGAAGGCUCAACGGCUCAAGUUCCUCUGCGAACGUAACGAUAAGGUAUUCUUCUCGUCGGCGAAGGGCGGUAGUUCGUGCCAGAUUUACUUCAUGACCCUGAACAAACCGGGCAUGGCCAACUGGUGAUCCCGAAUGAGGCCGAGUCUGGCCCCACCACGAUUACCUACGCGGACACAACCGUCGUCGCAUCACAAUUCUCCACGCGUUUCGGGAUACACAGCGUCAGCGCGCACGCUCACGACCCGCCCUCCACUGCCAGGAUCCAGCGCCUUGUUGGAGACCAGGAAGUGCGUACACCGUAGCCAACAUCUUUAUCAAUAUCACCAGCAGCAGCAGUAUCAUUAUCAUCAGCAGCAGCAGCAUCAAUAUCGUCUGAAUCGUUAUCAUUAUUCGCGUAAUCUUUCGUACAAUUACGACUACGAGGAGGACGAAGAGUACGACGACAGGUUCCAGCGGUACUCACGGCUGCCUCCGCUGCGAAGCGCGCCCGGGACGUUAAUGUUCGUGAAUCUACUCGUCAAGAGAUUCCUCUGUUUUCUCACUUGCUCGCCCUGCGGACUGCGCGGCGCGGCCUAAACGUGCUGAAAACGAACGCAGAGGGAGAGAGAGAGAGAGAGAGAGAGAGAGAGAGAGAGAGAGAGAGAGAGAGAGANAGAGGAUCUUUUUCCUCUCGCGAGAGAAGUGCCCACGGCGAGAGUUACAUUUGCACGCUGGUAAAUCGUAUUACAAAAGUAUUCCCUACUAUAUAUGUAUUAUUUCUCUCUCUCUUUUCAUUUUUUAAUAUAAACCUACCGCUUUAAUUACCACACACACACACGAACACACACACACACACACACACACACACACACACACACAACACACACGCACUCUACCGAUAAGUCUUGUACUUGUUUGGCAUAUGUACACGUAAACUCUUAAUUCUCGAAGGAACUUUAAUGUUAACACGACGGAACAAAAAAAAGUGUAUUUUACUGCGUCUGAUCGAAUUAGAUAAUGACAUAAGAGUGUUUUAUACGGUGAAUAUAAUUUAGAACGACGUAAUAAAGCAUGAACUUCAUUUGUGCUGAUCUUUCUAGUAUGCGAGAGAGUAGGAGGUGUGUAGUAGACGUAAGAGAACUGGGGACAGCGCUGACGAAUUACCAGUGACGCAGAGAGAGAGAGAGAGAGAGAGAGACGGUCGAUCAUAUCGUGCGAACGAUACUAUUUUCAGUGUGAGGAAACUCGUGCAAUAUUCGACGGAUUGGUCUGUCUGUUUCGAGAGACAAACUUCCGACAGAACGAAACAGAACGAGAGAGAGAGAGAGAGAGAGAGAGAGAGAGAGAGAGAGAGAGAGAGAGGGAGGGAGAGAGUGAGAGACUUUUCUUGCUUCAAGCAAGGCAAGGAGACGCUCGGAAAUAAUCGAAUCGUGGUAUCGUCGAAGGGGAUCACGAAGCAUGAAGGAACUAAGAGCCUCGCGUGUGCCGUGUUCGCGCUUGUGAUUCUUUCUCGGCGACGUAGUUUGUUAAUUUUUUCAGUGAGAGGAAAGGCGUUCCACCGCGUUAGCAGCGGUGUAAACGCGCGAGUAGCGGUGACCUUAGUGAGAAUGAAAAAGGGGGAGACGUCGCGAGGCAAACGCACGUGUCACGCGACAAACGCCGCCGAGGCACCGCCGAUAACACGGAAACGACGACGACGACACAUCGUGACGCACGACGCGAUAUCAUAAUAAAAAUUAGUAUUAAGCGAGAGUAAUUACUAAUGUUAAUUAAUUGUAUAGUUAUAGCAGGUGGGGGAUUCUUUCCGCCGCGAGGCUCGCGCGGACAAGUGCGAAAACGAAAACUACGACGACGACGACGACGACUAUGCGAGUCGACGUUAGAAAACGGUAGAGAGAAAGAGAGAGAGAGAGAGAGGGAGAGAGAGAGAGAGAGAGAGAGAGAGAGAGAGAGAGAGAGAGAGAGGCAUCGCGGACGAGACGCAUUUUUACAAAAGGAGGAGAAAAAACGAGAUUAGAUAUUAAUUAUAUAUACCGUAGGGACUUUUCGUGACGCGCACGAUGUGACGAGACUACAAGUAGCCGAGUUUCUGUUUCUCCACGGUAUCUUCGAGUGAAAACAGAGUUUCGAAACUUACGUUUGAUACACGCGUCCCUGUAUUAACGUAAAAGGAAAACAGAAGAAGAAGAAAUGAUAAAUCCACGCGCGAAGCACGCGUCCAUAGUUUCGUCAUGAUGUGUGUGACGAGCAACGUGAGCGAGACGACGACGACGACGACGAUAGUCUUCGGCUUUUUGUAAGAAAUUUGUAACUUAGCGAGACUACGCGCACUAUUAAGUGAGGAGCGUCCCGGCCCUUCCGUUUACCUGCUCGUUCCUUCGCGCGCCGCUCCCAGUUCCGCCUCGAAGCGUUAUUACGAUCUGAUCUCAUAAUCUUAAAGAUACUCCGCGGUUGAAAGGGAAUCCUUAAUAAUUGUCGUCGCGAUUUUAUCGAUGUUGGAUUAUCCUCGAGCGGGCUUAUGACGUUAAUAACGAUGAAGGGCAGAAACGAGCUACGAGAAAAAUGUAGAGAGAAGGAGAGUGUAAAUUAUAAGUUAACUCUUUGUUCACGUUGUUCGAUAUCAGAAUUAUUGGACGUAAACGCAAUUAGCGUUAUUAUACGUAAUAUGUUACAGCCAGGAGUGUCUCACCGAUAGCGGGUCGCGGGAAAGAGAAAGAGAGAUAGAGAGAGACAGCGGAGUACAUUUAAUUAACGUUACCAACGUGAGACACGUGACGGGAGCCAAGCGCGACGGGAGAAUUAAAAGUCAACCAAUUAAGAGACGAACUAAUCGCGAUUACUCGUUCUCAAACUUCGAAGAUUCGGCCGAGAAUAAGACAAUUGGCGCCGGUAACGAGGAUAUAGAGCGGAUUUGCGGUAAGCGAUAUAUAUAUUUAUAUAUAUAUAUCCCGACGAUGUCUUCUUUUCUCCGGCUUUUUCUUCGCGUGUGUGUGUGUUCAGCGGCAGUGUAGGUCGACAUAUCUUCGCUCUCGUGGCGCGCUUUCGAUCGCGCCGAAGCGAUCGACUUUUUUUUUUACGAUAAACGCGAUUUAACGCGAAGCGAACUAACAAAUCGCGAAUAUACGUUCUACACGGCGCCUUAUUUGGCGGCACGUUGAUUAGAUUAGAGACGUAAAAAACACCGGAUGGAAGAGAAAAAAAGAGAGAGAGAGAGGGGGGGGGAGUGGUUUUUCGUUGACCGAUCGAGGACGAAAGCGCGAGCGAGAUUGUACACACUCAUUUAUUUAUUUGUAAAUAAAUAAAUAAAUACACGACGUGCCACGGGAAACACGCGGGGGAUGAUAAAACUUCUGAUGCCUCGUCGACAGCGAUUUCACGGCGCGCUGUGCCAUGGUUGCCGCGAUCGCCGCCGGAGACGGAGUCGUGUGUAACGUUUGUCCCACAAUCGUCUGGAAUCUUGAAUCCGCACCACUGAGAGGUGUGCUGGCUCGUCAGUUGGUAGCGUAGAUAUCGGUAGAUCACGUUCGCACGCGCGGCGCGAUACGUUUUUUAUAUACCGUUAUUAAACGAGGAGGCGCACAGGAAGGGACGGAGGCUCCGCGUAGUGCAACGAAAGACUGCUUUUUAAAACGAGGAGAAAAAGCUUUUUAUCCGCGCGAGGUCGGAGAACGAGUGAGACAAAUUGAACGAAAGAGGGGGAGAGUGAGUGCAUAGAGAGAACGAGAAUGAGAGAGAGAGAGAGAGAGAGAGAGAGAGAGAGAGAGAGAGAGAAUUAGUGAGAGAGAACGUUUAGUGAGCGACAAGUGUUUUCUGGCAAAAAAUAGCGCACCUCCGGGCGCUUAUUUACGAUUAACAGGAAUUUGCAUAAAAA